GCGACGGGAGUUGGACGCAAGGGUCCAAGUACGCCUGCCUCACUUCCCUGCACGUUUUUUGAGAGAAGACCGGCGCGAACUCACACCAAAACAUUUGCAUUGACACGCAUAUCUUGAGUGUGAUCCAAGUCUUCCCACACGUUCUCUACCUCAAAGCAACUCUAUCAAUCCAUCGAUCAUCAAGCGACUUUGCACCUCGUUGAUAGCGAACAUGGCAGAGACGGAAGAUACGCCGAGCAGGGAAAAGCUCACGGAAUUGACCAAUGCAGCCAACCUGAAGUACUCGCUGAAAAACUACAAUGAGGCGGCGGAGCUGUACUCCCGCGCGACCGAGAUGCAAGGCAUCCUGAAUGGUGACGAGAUGGCGCCGGAGAAUGCGGAACUGCUCUAUCUAUACGGGCGAUGCUUGUACAAGGUUGCCGUGUCCAAAAGCGACGUACUGGGCGGCCAGGUCGCCGGCGAGAAGCAGAAGGCGUCCAAAGCCGAGACAUCAAAAGCAGCGGCGGCGCCGUCGCCGGGACAGAAGCUGGCAGAGGACGUAGUGGAGGCUGUGAUAGAGGAAAAAGAAGGUGGGGAGGAGCGGAAGAAAGACGCCAAGAGCGCAAACCAGCCAUACUUCCAGCUUGUAGAUGCGGAGUGGAGUGAUGAUGAGGAGGAAGAUGAGGAUGCGGAUGGGGAGGUGCAGGAGGCGAUUGAAGAGGAGGACGAUUUCGCGACUGCAUAUGAGAUCCUCGAUCUUGCGCGCUUACUGCUCGAGCGCCAAAUGCAGGCGUUGCAGGAGAGCGAUGAGAGCUCCGCCAAAGGCAAAGGCAAGAUGGAGGCGAUAGAAAUGUCACCAAAGCUACGACAUGUGAAGGAGCGACUGGCAGACACGCACGACUUGCAAGCGGAAAUUUCGCUCGAGAACGAGAAGUUCGCCGAGGCGAUCACGGAUUUUGAAGCUGCCGCGACCAUCAAGGACGAGCUGUACCCUAAGGCGUCGAGCAUCGUGGCCGAAGUGCACUACAAGCUAUCACUGGCACUCGAGUUUGAGUCGAUGUCCGCCGUGCGGGAAGCGCAGGCGAAGGAAAGCGAGGGCACGAAAGCGCCAGCCGGCGAGAAACCGGAAGUGGACGAGAAGCUGCGCGAGCGCGCGCGCGAGGAGACCAGCAUCGCGAUCGAGAGCAUAAAGCUGAGGAUCGUCGAGGAGGAAAGCAAGCUUGCCGGACUCGAGGGCGACGCGCUCAAGAAGAAGCAGGAAGAAAUCGCUGAGGUGAAGGAGAUCUUGAAGGAGAUGGAAGACCGGCUCGAGGAACUGCACGCCCCAGCCGUCACUAUCAACGGGCCGGCGGGCGCACCCGAGGGUGACGCCGUGGGCGGCAUUCUCGCGCAGGUUCUGGGCGAGACGCCGGCCGAGCAGAAGGCCAGGAUCGAAGAGGCGACAAAGAAUGCAAACGACCUGAGCGGGCUGGUCAAGAAGAAGAAGCCCAAGGCCUCGGGACCAAGCAGUGGCACUGCAGCUGCACCUUCUGGUUCGGGCGCAAAGCGGAAGUUGGACGAGGAGGUUGCAGGGGACGGAGACAUCAAGAGGGCCAGAACGGAGGAGCUGACUGAUGCUACGAGCUGAGCGGCGACCGUACUUGCGUUCCGACGGAACGGCAUGUGUACGAUGUCGCUCAUACAUGACGUGGGUUGAUGGAGGGGGGAGGGGUGGGCUGGCGACACAUGAUCGUCGACACUAUUUUUGUUGUAAUGGGGUUUUUUUUUUCAUGUUCCGUCUGCUUUCUCAGGGAUAGCCCAUCGUGACUGAUGAUACGAGCCCGAACACAAACAACGAUACCCCAGCGGUGCGAAGCAGGACCGAGAGGACAGGUUUUUUUUUAUUGUUGCUCUGGCAGGCCCGCGACGGUCGAGCUCGAGCAGGCUCGACGAUGCGCAACGGCGAUUUCGCGUAAACUGCGCAGGUAGAUUUCAGUCUUGUCAGAUUACUUGUGGGGCGACUGGUGGGCACACGGUCGGGUUGGGAUCCACCGCGAGAUUAGCACAAGAAAAGCAAAUCGAAAUGGCAUAACCAGCUCUACGAUAU